AUGUCGGAGAGCGACUGCUCCCGGGACUGCAUGACGAUAAUCGUCAGCAAGAUCCUGAAAUCCAUGGUGGCGCACGACCCGGACACUCUGCCGCUGGCACCGGUCUACCAGGCGACCGAAAACUCGCACCCGGCAGCGCUCGGCAUGAUGACACUGUGGCGCACCGUCACUAAGGCAGGCAAGCCCAGCCUGCUGGCAAUCGACACCACGACCGGCUCGGCGUACUUCGCCCUGGACAUCAACGAAGGCAGCGGAAAGAAGCAAUCGGUCCUCUGGGCUCGAAUUAAGGUGGUAGACAAGCAGAUCACCGAGCUAGAGCUCUGGUGGAUGUCGCCGCCGGCCGAUCGGCAGAAGGCGAUCCGGGUACAGUUGGAGGGCCUGGGCGAGGCGGCCUUCGACCCGAGCAGCAACUUCUCGGUCGGCCUCGCCUCCGACUGCCAAUUCACCGAACAGGGCUGGAGCGUCAUCGAUCCCGGUCCGGACGGAAACGGUUCGACUACCCCGCUCGGGUGCAACUGGCCGCAGGAUCGCCCCGCUGAUACGAAGGCACGAGCGAACCUGGUCAUCGACGAGGAGACCGGUAUCGUCGUUUCCGGCGCUCUGAUCCCGGGCAUGGUCUACCCCUACGGGAAGAUCUCCGCCUUCAUCCCGAACGACAUGAAAGCGGCGCAGGAAGCGCAGGACGAGUGGCUCGCGAAGAAGAAGGCCGAGGGUGGUAUGUCGCUGCUGGCUCCCAUCGCAGCCACCGGUGAAACUCUCCAAGUGCUGCAGUACUACAACGGCAAGCUCCAGGGCCAGCAACUCAAUGUCUACCUGAGCGGCCCGGGGAUGGGAUCGGCCUGGACGCAGUAG